AUGUCGGACCGUGAGUUCAACUCAAACGAUGAUCUGUCACUGCCCAAAGGUAUGUUUAGAUAUAUGUGGACUGCCUCAAGUGCUUAUCGAUGUGGCGCUUUAUGCGCCGGCAGCUUCAUAGCCAGACGCGCAUUUGAAGGGUUGCUAACUUGUCUUGCGAUAGCGACGGUUCAAAAGAUCAUCACAGAGAUCCUACCCCCCAGCUCUGGCCAAACCUUCUCCAAGGAUGCGCGUGACCUAUUGAUGGAAUGCUGUGUCGAAUUCAUCACCCUGAUCUCCUCGGAAGCCAACGAUAUCAGCGAGAAAGAGGCCAAAAAGACUAUCGCCUGCGAACAUGUGGAAAAGGCCCUCCGGGACCUUGGAUUCAGUGAUUAUAUUGCAGAUGUACUUGCUGUUGCAGAGGAACACAAGCAACAGUUGAAGUCACGAGAGAAGAAGCAGAGCAAGAUGGAGCAGAGCGGCCUCACAGAAGAGGAGCUUCUUCGGCAGCAACAGGAGCUAUUCCGAUCUGCAACCGACAAAUAUAAUUCUGUGCCGGAAUAG